UACCAACCAGAUAUAAAUACAAGACCCUAUUUUUCUUCUUCCUCAAAACAACAAAAAAAAUAUUUUCUCAAUCUAUUUGCAAUUUACAAUUUCACUUGGUUUCUUUGUGAUCAAAGGUGUUACUGAGAAUGGAAUCACAGAAAAGUCAACAUGAACAACAGCCAUCGCCUGCUGCUGCAACCCCCUCCACCACUUCGUGUCGAAAGAAGAAGAGCGAACAAGCCAGUUUCUUGGAGGAUGUGAAGGAUCAUAUUGAUGACUUUAUCCAUGCCUCUAUGGAUGAACACAAAACUUGCUUCAAGAAGACCAUGCAGAAGAUGUUUGGCAUGUCAAAGAUUGUCGCUGAAAGGAGUUCCAACACCAAGGAAGUUGAAAGUUCUCUGCCCCUUCAAACCACAGUGGCAAAAUAGAAUAUCUUCUGGUGUACAAUUUGUUAAAAUUGUGGCACUGCAGUUUCAGUUUGACGAACGAGAAAAUUUAACUUUGUAAGGUUAACUGGUGACUAUUAUGAAGCCGAUUACUUAGUGUUAUGACUAUGUUCUUGUGAUGUAUUUAGCUUUGCUACUAUUUUAUUUUUUUCUGUAUGUGCCAAGUCAGUGUUGAAUUUGGUCAGUGAUCAAUUAUUGAGUAGCAAAACAAAUAGAAAAUUGACCUCCUACAUGAGAUUAAAACAGGGCUGCAUUUUUUGUUUCCUCGUACGAUCAGCUUGCUCUUUCAACAGGGGGGAAAUUUCAUCAUUGUGAAACUUGUGAAGUGGCAGGGCUGCUACUUGAUGCCACCAUUUUCUCCCCCCAUUUAUAAGCUGUGCUUGGGCGAAGUUUUUGUCUAUCAUUGGCCUCUAUGGUCUUCUAUUGUAGAAUCUGUCAGGGCCUGAGCGCCCGGUAGUUUGUUAUGUGGCGGAUCUAAGCUGUUCGAGUCUGUCUUAUUUUCAGGAUAACAGCCAUUAGAUUUUGGUAGGAAUUACUGCAAACUCACCUCAUAGGUUGUAGGGACUACCAAAUGCAGAGUUGAGCAUUAGAGGUGAUAAAUUGUUUGGAAAAAAAGAAAAAAAAAAAAAAGAGCGGGAAAG